UUAGGUUUUAUGCUAAUGGAAGACACAUUUUAUCUGCUGGUCAGGAUCGGGCCUUUCGUGUUUUCUCUGUUAUUCAGGAUCAACAAAGUAGAGAGCUUUCUCAACGACAUAUCUCUAAAAGGGCAAGGAAACUUAGGAUGAAGGUGGAUGAAAUAAAAUUGAAGCCUGUUGUUGCAUUUGAUUGUGCUGAGAUCCGUGAACGUGAUUGGUGCAAUGUUGUAACUUGCCAUAUGGAUACUCCACGGGCAUAUGUGUGGAGGCUUCAGAACUUUGUCCUUGGUGAGCACAUCCUAACACCAUGCUCGGACAAUCAAACACCCAUUAAGACUUGUGCAAUCAGUGCUUGUGGUAAUUUUGCUGUUCUGGGGACGGAAGGUGGUUGGAUUGAGAGAUUUAAUCUCCAAUCCGGAAUCAGCCGAGGCAGCUACAUAGACAUUAAUGAAAGAAGCAGUGGUGCCCAUGACAGUGAAGUGGUUGGAGUUGCUUGUGAUGCUACAAAUACCCUCAUGAUGAGUGCUGGAUAUCGUGGAGAUGUAAAGAUCUGGGAUUUCAAGGGGCGUGAUUUGAAAUCCAGAUUGGAAGUUGGUUGCUCUGUGGUCAAGUUAGUUUAUCAUCGAUCCAAUGGGCUUUUGGCAACUGUAGCCGAUGAUAUGGUUCUCCGUGUGUUUGACAUUGUUGCCUUAAGAAUUGUCCGUAAAUUUGAAGGCCAUACAGAUCGAAUUACUGAUUUGUGUUUCAGUGAGGAUGGGAAAUGGCUUUUGUCAUCCAGUAUGGAUGGAAGUCUUAGAAUUUGGGAUGUUAUCCUCGCAAGACAGAUUGAUGCAGUACAAGUGGAUGUGGCUAUCACGGCAUUGUCCCUGUCACCCAAUAUGGAUGUUUUGGCCACUUCUCAUGUUGAUCAAAAUGGUGUCUUUCUGUGGUAA